AUGCGUCUGCAAUUAAUCUAUACGCUGUUUAUGGGAACUGUGAUUGCCAUUCCCUACGGUCGGGAAGAUGCCCAGCAGCUCACAACUUUGUCCGCAUUUACACCGAUAAAAAGGGCGACUACAACUGCCCUUACACCUCCAUCCCACUCCUUAGAUGCCCAAAAGAGAAUGUUGCCGUAUGGAUACCAACACCUUACAUUUUGA